AUGGAAACCACACCACAGACCAAAUCAGUAUCCAUUCAGGAUUCUCAAUCAUGCAUUCCUCUUACCGAUUACCUUGAAGAGAGUGAUCUCAUAGUUCUGCUGACACCGGCGAUCAUCCCGGGGGCGAGCCCCUUGAACAGCAACUCAGACGUACCGCCCAGCGAUCCCUUUGAACCUUUUGGCCAAGCGUUGGCAAAACAUCACUCCCGGGUUCGGCAUGUCCCAUACACCCCCCGAGGCGGAAUUACCGGCACACACAAAGCACAUAUCGACUUGGCUGCGAUUGUCAUCUUCGUCAUCUCCGGUCCGUCAUACCAAGGGCAGCCAUCUCAAAUUGCCCUAGCGGAAGAUGCCAGAGCCCUUUGCAAGAGCCAACCCAUGAUCAUCGUCGCCUGCUGCAGCCCGCAUGAGCUAGACUUCCCUGAAGCUUAUUUUCCAACAACAUUGGAGAUACCCAGUUUCAAUCCCUCCGACCUGGAACUCGCGGCCAGCGCCCUCUUUGAAGCGACAAGACCAAACUUAGAAACGCCAAACGUCCUCGCAUCACCAUUAUGGUCCGUUCAAAGAUGGAACAAAGACCGCGACCCAUCUGAGGUGCUCGACCUUUGGAACCAGUGUCUACCCAAAAAAUUCAACUUGAAUCUGUUCAAGUUCCAAUCACUCCUCCGCCGAGAUGGCUAUGCAAUGCACUUCGUUGUCCGAGAGCCCGAGACCACAAAAAUUCUUGGAUUUUGCGCCGCUUAUACAGCAUAUGCUGACAGCGACGGGGAGCGUUUGCUUGGUUCUUUGGCCGUUCUCCUUGUCCAACCCGCGUACCGCCGCCGGGGUAUCGGCCGAACUCUUCACGAUCACGCUUUGCGAGAACUCAAAAGUGUCCGUGGUAUCUGCCGUCUCCAACUCGGCAGCACAUUCCCCAGGCUUCUGUACGGACUUCCGCCAGAGCUGGAGUGUGAGGACUGGUUUCGACGCCGGAAGUGGCGGAUCGAGUCCGCUUCGGGCCCCUUGGAGCCAGGAUUGGGGCAGGAGGCAUGCGAUUGGAUUCUCAGUUUUGAGAAUUGGCCGGCGACUGGCUUCAAGCUGCCACAUCUUUCGUUUCGACCUUGCGAGCUCUCCGAACUUUACCUGGUUUUAGAAUUCGUGGACAGGGAAUCGAAAAAGAACGACAACCUGGCGUGGUACGAUCAAUACGCCAAACUAACUGGCACCAUGAACAUCAUGGACAUUGUCGUUGGUCUCAAUAACGGCGCCAUCGUGGCGGUGGCUUUGACUUAUGUGAAGAACACCGGGAGCCCUGUAGAGGAAGACCUCCCCUGGGCCAGCACCAUCGCGGAAGACAUUGGAGGCGUGACUUGCGUGUGUCUCAGUGAUGAGGCAACAAGUACGAAAACACAGCGUGACGCCGUUGUUACGGGCCUUUUUGAUGCUUGCAUUCAGCUCCUCGCUAAGAGUGGAAAGAACAAGCUACUCGUUGACGCUGUCAAGUGGGAUGAGGAUGAGCUCCAAUCUUUAGGUUUUCAGAAAUGGGCGAGUUAUCGAGAGGUUUGGCGGAAUGUUUAA